CUUUGUCCUUCCCAUCCCAUUUCUGGGGAAUAUCGAUUGAAUCCGUUCGGGAGCGGGGGCAAACACCUUUCCAAGGGCUACCUCGCGGACGAGUAGUUGGGAUAGUUUUGCUGUUGCAGUGCUUCAAACGACACUGGUGUCAUCAUGUCGCAUCGAGAAAUAUUGCAGUCGAUUCGUGAGGAUGAUUUUGUGGAAUAUUUUCUGUUCCCCGCCGGCUCGUCGGACCCGUCCGAUGUCGAGCUGGAAAACAGUGAAAGCUCCACCCUGGAGCCCGUGCUGCAAAAGGUGAAUCAGCUGGCGGAGGAAUUCUGUCGCUCGUACAUUUGGCAUCGGGAUGGAUUUCGAGUGGUUUCGCGCUUGAUGAACGAUUCGAGGAUGCUCAUUGAGGCGGCCACGGGUGACAACGGUGCGGUCAAUGCCAAACUACCAUCUCAUCUGUACGGGAUUUCCCACGUCGGUGACAACAUUCAAGACGAAUGGUUCAUCGUCGCACUGCUGUUCCAUCUUACGGAACGCAUUCCCGGACUGGUGGCUCGGGUGGUCGAUGCUGAUGGAGAAUUUUUGCUCAUCGAGGCCGCCGAGCAACUGCCGCACUGGGCAAACCCGGAAAGUUGUGAGGGAAGAGUUUUCAUCCUCAACGGAUCGCUACGGUUGGUUGAACCCGCUGAGAAUGAAAAAAAGGAGACUACGGGCGACAUAAAGCAUUGUCUUGAACUUGUUCACCGAGCGGACGGAACGCAGUAUUGCGUCAGCGAAAGUGUAGAUCGCUGCAUUCGGGAGAGGAUCCAGGAUUUUCCCGGAAAAAUCGCCGAACAUCACCAUCGGGCAACGGUGUACGUACCGGUGGGUGUUGCGGCCGUUCUACGCGAGAACCCACAGCUUGUCGCACCGGCCGUAUUAGCGUUUUGUAGUCGCGACCCAAUUGAUUUGAAAGUUUGCCGCGCUAUGCGUUAUUUCCCGCCGGAGAGCUGCGUUUAUACUAGCGUCACAUUUACGAAAUGCUUGUACGCAAUGCUUGCACAAAGCCGAUACCUACCGGACCGACGCACGGGCUGGAGUGUUCCGGCAGCAUCCGACCCGAACCAUAAAGCGCAUAUCCUCGGCCUGAAGCUGGCUUGUGGCUUUGAAAUCCUGGCAUCACAGGCCAAGGCAAACCGCACCGAUUGGGAAACGGACAAAGGAUGGAAGGGAUACUACGAGUCGCUCAAGGCGAAGGGCUACUUCCGGGAUAAUAUCGAGGGCUCGCAGGAGCACACGCGAUUGCUGGGAAUCGCGCAGGAUUACUAUGCGGACCACAGGGACACGAUGCGUACGAUGCCAAAGAUUGGCGAGGAAAUUGUGUCCAUUCUUCGGCGCAACGAGUGGGAUGUGGAAGAGUUGCGCAAGCAAGGAGCGGACCUACCGGUCCCCGAUAGCGACGAGUGGAUGAACAUUACCCCGGAGGAACUCGACCAGAUGCUUACGAAGCGGUACGGUGCGAAGAAACUGUUUUCGCUCAACGGAAAUACAAAUGCGGCGGAAACGUUCACCUCGAUGGUGAGUGAUUUUUUGGAACAGAAAAGCGAAUUCGACGGUGUCGUCGUACCGGCGGACGAACAGGCCGCCAAGGAGACGCUGGCCAGGUUAGAUUUGGGCCCCCUCAAGUCACCCGUCAAACCGAAGCGAACCAAAAGCAAAACUGCACACGAUCGACAGGUUAAUGGGCAAUCGUCCGGUGGGGCGAAGGAACCGACCAAACCGGAGUCGCCCGUUCACCAGUCGGCAACGGUAGACUUCGAUGCCGGUGCGUUCGGAAUGCACGUGAAGAACAUGCUCGAUCUGCUGAUACCGGAAGAUCGCUGGGAUUCGUCCGAUGAGUCCGACAUGAGCGACUACAGCCAGGACGAGUACGAUCGGAACAUCGAGGACAUGUCACCGACGCGCACCGAUCGGGCCGUUCAGGGCGAGCUUAAAACGUACAUGGAUCAAAUGGACCGUGAGUUGGCCGGGACAACGAUUGGCAAGAGCUUCGAAACGGUUAUUGAUGGUGAGGAAACACAAUCGAACACAGCUGCGGGAGGCACGUCGACCAGCGGUGCCAAUCAGGAUGAUUUCGAUGACAUCGAAUCAUUCAAGCCGGUCGACAUUGACGUGAACACACUGCGCAACAUGAUGGAAAGCUAUCAGUCACAGAUCGGUGGUCCCGGUCCGGCAGCAAACCUGCUCGGUUCGAUGGGCGUUCAGAUCUCCAAGGCAGCUCAGGAUGGAUCGAAGGCUGGGAAAGCAGGCAGUACACAACAGACGGAUGUCUAAUGGCGUCCGCCAGCGCUCAAGUAUUUGAUACCCCUUUCGUGCCAGAGCGGACAUUGCCAUAAGUAAAUGUCCCUCGCUUAUCGAUCAUCAUCAUCAUCAUAUCUCCUUACAAGCAGCAUUAGCUGGGAUGCAUUUUACCACUAUAUCUUAGACAAGGGCACAAACAGAAUCCGCUAUCGUUGUAACUCGCUAAGCGUAUCCCUUUCUCCCUUCCGAUCAUUUGAUCUUCGCGAAUAGUUAGGAAAGGAUUGAAAAAAGAGUCUCAUGAUUGUCUCCGUUGCAUAGAUGAAAAAGAGUUUACCACUUCCCGUGUGUUUGUGUGUUGUAGCGGUACACACCGGGGAGAUAGUUGAAAUUCAGGAUGGUGCUGGCUAGGAACUGUACGUACAAAACUGUGCCGUUGAAGGCGAGACUCUGGGUAGGAUUUGGUUUUCCCCUAUAUUUUUGUUCAAGUGAUCCUUCGGCUAUUGUCUGUCAAUUUUCCCUUUGUGUAUCUUGCCCGUGUACGGGAUUACAUAGUUAGGAGUAUCAAUCAUCACCUACCUUUUAGCUUUACGUUAAGUCAACCUUACCCUUUACGGGAACACAUUUACUUAUUUGCGAAAUAAGGCGACAAAAAUCAACGAAAAACGCUCCAUUGCGAAUGGAACAAUUGCGUAGCAUUUUGUAUUUCCUCCUACGAAGCCAUGAAAUAAAACAGAAACGGCGUGCUCCGUACUAUUAAAAA